CCCAGGAAUCGGGAUGAAUGAAUUUAAGGAACUUCCAGAAGGAUUCGUUAGGCGACCCGGGGGGACAAACCGCCUUCUGCAUUAAAUACGAGCGCCAUGCUCCUCUACUCCAUACUGCUCCUCGCUAUCGUCAAAGAAGGGACCCCCACCUAUCGGCCCCUGGAAGAGCCUCCUUGUGUCACGGUCAAUAUGGCGGCUCUUUGUCAGAACCAAUCAUUUCACCAGAUUCCCCUCGGGCUUCAUCCCAACAUCAAAAGUCUCGACUUGUCGAAGAACGAUCUCCAGAACAUCACCAAAAACCCUCUCUUUCUAUACUCUUUUGUUGAGGUUCUCGACCUGAGCGCCAACCAGAUCCGCUUCAUCCAGCGCGAUUCGUUCAAGCACAUGGUCAACCUGAAGGACCUCAACUUCUCCGGCAACUGCCUGGAUAGAUUCGCCCAGCACGGGUCAUCGGGAAUCGGGGUUUUGCCCCACGUGCAGAGCCUGGACUUGUCCAGGAACAGUUUGUACACCGAUAUGACCGGAUACUUUGUAACUGAAGCUCCGGAACUCCGGCGGCUUUUGUUGUCGGAGAACAGCAUCACCAUGCUUUCAUCCGAGACCUUUGUAGGCUCUCCCAUGUUGAAGGAGCUGGAUCUCCAUAACAACAUUAUCAUGCACAUCGAGGAAGGCACCUUUGAGCACCUGAUACACCUCGCCGAGAUUAACCUUGCUAUGAAUUCCAUCUCCUGUAUUUCCGACUUUAAACUCACGCAGCUGGAAAGCCUCAACCUGAGCAAGAACAGCAUCCAGACGUUCCACACCUCAGCCUCCGACCAAGAGUACAACCUUCGACACGUUGACUUGAGCGACAACAAGCUGCUGAGGUUCCCCGUUUUCCCCAAGGCCAACCGAUUGGUUUCUCUGAAUUUGUCCAUGAAUCUCAUAAGCGUCGGUGGGGAGACUCCGUCGGAUGACGCCGGCUGGAUGGAGGAUAACUUUGAGUUUCUGAGCGAGGCCGAGGGAGACUUGAGGAACGCGAGUGCCGUCAUCCUACAGAGCCUCGCCUACUUAGAUCUAAGUUACAACAACAUACGGUCCGUGCCCGAGGACUUCCUUCUCACCGUGCCAUUCCUCACGUUCCUAAACCUGAGCAGAAACUGCCUGGAGGAGGUCUCUUUCGGCGUCUCCGUCCCGUUGAACUCCUUGGUUGUUCUCGAUCUCAGUGGAAACAAUUUGCGGAACGUAUCGGUGGCUCCGGGCUCGCUUCUUAGCCUGCGAGAACUUUACUUGCAAGACAACCAACUGCGCAUAACCCACCCCGACGUCUUCCAAGGCCUGGGAAGUGUCUUCUCGAUAAACCUCCAGGGUAACAGUAUCGCGUUAUGCUCCGAGGGUUUCGGAAUGUUGGAGAAGCGGGGCGAGGAACGCGGAUGCGCCUCGUUCUCCAACAUUCCGAGCUUAAGACAUUUGAACCUCAGAGAGAACAACAUACAGAACGUACCUCAUUAUGCCUUCUAUGGGACCCCGUUGGCUUCCUUGGACCUGUCAAUGAACCGUGGAGUUACAAUAGCGCCGAGCGCACUUGCUGGGCUAGAAAGGUCCCUCGAAGUGCUGUACGUUGAGGGCUGCGGACUUAAACAGCUGAACGUCGACCUACCCCUCUUUGUUUACCUUAAAGACUUAGAUCUGUCGGGGAAUCGGUUAUCAUGGCUGCCGGCGUGGAAUAAGCAUUGCAGGCUGGAAACCCUCGACCUGAGUAACAACAGUUUCAGCGACCUGGAAGCCAGCAACAUUCCGGUGCUAGAGAACACCCUGCGGACGAUAUGCUUCUACGGGAAUCCGCUUACCUGCUGCUCAAACACCUGGAUAACGCACCUGUACCGGAGGACCACUGUGACGAUAGCAGCCCUGGACUCUACAACCUGCCGCAACCCCGAAGGGUAUGAAGGCGAGACGCCCGUCGGGCAAAUCAGCCCCGAGAUCUGUGAAAAAGAUAACUCCAAUAAGAUGAACACAGUAGUCAUCGUUCUGAUAGUGAUGGCCGUCUUACUGGUGAUCGCCGCCGCUCUCGGAACACUGUGCCAUUUUUAUAGACAAAAACUGAGGCGGCGGUACAAAGCCUGAUCAACGCUUCCCUACCGGGACUUCGACGGCCAAUCGGCGCAACGGCCUUAAAAACUUCGGAUUUUGAAGGAAAAGCAAAAAAAAUCUUUUAAAAAAA